CGGAAAUGCUGUCCUACGUGUUCAGUUGAGGCAGGAAGUUGACAUGUCACGGCUGCUGCAUUGUUUUUUGACUCACUUGAAUAAACACACAUUGGCUUCGUGAAUUCACUAAUACUGCUGGAAAAGCAGUAUGUUGCCGACGAGCUUCCCGGCGAUCCAUCGCAAUGGCAGUUUGAGUGAGCGGGAUGCAGCACGCCACACUGCCGGCGCCAAGCGCUACAAGUACCUGCGGCGACUCCUGCACUUCAGACAUAUGGAUUUUGAGUUUGCCAUAUGGCAGAUGCUCUAUCUGUUCACAUCACCGCAGAAAGUGUACCGCAACUUCCACUAUCGUAAACAGACUAAAGACCAGUGGGCCCGAGAUGACCCUGCUUUCCUGGUGCUGCUCAGCAUCUGGCUGUGUGUGUCGACGGUGGGCUUUGGUCUGGUUCUAGAAAUGGGUUUUGUGGAGACACUGACACUGUUGCUCUGGGUCGUUUUCAUUGACUGUAUUGGAGUCGGGCUGCUUAUAUCCACACUCAUGUGGUUUGUCACAAAUAAAUACCUUAUGAAACACCCCAACAGAGAUUAUGAUGUGGAGUGGGGGUAUGCUUUUGAUGUCCAUCUAAAUGCCUUCUACCCACUUUUGGUCAUUCUGCACUUUUUACAGCUUUUCUUCAUCAACCAUGUUGUGGUUAUAAGUGCAGACUGGUUCCUGGGUUAUUUCGUGGGGAACACUUUGUGGCUUAUCGCCAUCGGUUACUAUAUUUACAUUACAUUCCUGGGCUACAAUGCACUCCCCUUCUUAAAGAACACAGCGGUGCUUCUGUACCCCUUUGCUUUGCUUGGACUCCUGUAUGUUCUCUCCAUCUCACUUGGCUGGAACUUCACCAAAGGCCUCUGCUGGUUUUAUAAGCACAGAGUCCAGUAGAGGGCACUUAAGCCCAUGACUUUAGGGACAUUGACAAAGCAUUGUGCAGUCACUCUUUGGACUUUUUGGACUUUUUGUAUAAUCUGUAAAUAACAUUUUGGUUGUAGAUAAAGAGGAACAUUAUUUGAAUUGUUUAUGGUGUCAUACAGAUUUUCUUUUUCUUAAUUUGAUACUCAACCCUCAUUUAAUGUUGUGAAGUGUUUCUGGAAAAACACAAUCUUGGGGAGAAGUGCAUAAUAUCUGCUAUCCUAAUGCCUUUUUAUUU